AUGUUCUUCUUGAUUCCAUUUUCAUUAUCUGCAUGUGAUUCAUAUGAUUUCAACGUAAAUUAUGGAAGGGUUGAAACACUUACAUUUCAAGCAGAUCAAACAUCUUUUUGUAAAAAAAUUAAUUUUAUCUAUACUCAAAGAUCAGUCCCUCACACAUACUUUGAGUGGCUUUUCCCAAGUGCAAAUGGUGAUCAUACAGUAGAAUUUAUAAAUAAGCCACAAACAGUUAGUCAAGUAAAAAAUCAUGAGAAAACAUUGGAAUUUUCUAUUGGCAACAUAUAUAAGACUACAACAAUUGAUUUACAGUUGUCAGAAACUGGCACAGUUGAGUUCAGAUUCGUUGCUUUUGAUGGCGAAGAAGGAUCACAAACAACUAUUAUUUCAUGGUGGGCCAACGAAUAUAUCAAAAUUGGCAAAGGUAGUUCAUAUGAUUUCGAAUGGGAAGAUGAUCAUACCUAUAACUUCGUGAGCCUUAACAAUGAACAUGGUGAUAUCACAAUUUCUGGUUCAAAUGAUCGUUCAGUCAGUGGAAAGUAUAACACUUAUUUAGAUCCAUCCUCCGAAAAAGAAGGAACAUUCGAUUCAUCACUCAGUUUACAAGAUUCAAAAUUUUUUGCAACUAGUAUUAAGUAUAAAAGCGGUGAAUAUAUUACAAUAGGAUAUCAUAGUGGAAAUAAUAAAGGUGCCAAACUUAUUUUCUAUCCUCACACUACGAAAGUUGAUGAUACAGCUCCAAAAAUUCCUCCACCCAGAACAAUAACACCAAAACGCACAAUUCCACCAUUCAAUCCAUUAAGAAGUGUGUUCUCAAGCCCAGUGAAAGCAACAUUCCUUGUUUAUUUCCUUUUCGUUUUUGUUUUCGUUUUAAUCAAUACAAUAAUAUGCUGUGUAUUUCCAAACAGAAUGUACAGAGCUGGUAUAGAGUAUCCAUGUUGCUAUUCUUGCUGUAUAAGAGCAUCAUACAAAGCAAUCGCAAUGUUUUAUUCUAAGCAUAGGUACAGUAAAUGCUGUCAAUGCGAUUGUGACUGCUGCUAUGAUGAAAACCACCAACGUAAGUGCUGCAACUGCGAUUGCUCAUGCCGUCAUGAUGAUUGUUGCAACGGUUGUGAUGGUGAAGCACUUUGCGCAUUUGGAGUGUUUGUUGCGAUCAUUAUGGUUGUUACUGGUAUUAUUGCUUUCCCAUUUCUUCUAAUAUACUUAUUGGUCCACUUAAUUAUUUCAUGCGGAGGAGAAGAGAGAGAAUUCGAGAAAGGCGGCUUCAAAAUUGACUCAGCAAAUAAAGGUAGGAAGCUACAGAACAUUCAAAGCCAGAAAACAGAUAGGCCUCCAAACAAUUCUUCUCAACCUCCUCCACCACCACCUUAUUACGGUUCUCAAACAUACCAACAUGCACCACCAAAUCAACAGCAGCCUUAUUACUACAGUCCUCAACAACAACCCUACUCUCAACAAAAUUAUAAUCAGCAACAAGCUUCUUAUGGCGGUCCACCACCACCUCAAUCGAUGUAA